UACGUAUUAAACGGCCAAUGUUUGUGUGUGGAUGUGUUGGGGGCCAUUAAACAGACAACAAAUAUUGUGAAAAAAAGAAAGAAGAGAAACAACAGAAAUAUACAAACAAGAAGAAAACCUUUAAAAAUCUCCCCCAACCACAACGCCACCACCAGCAAAAACAGCAAAAACAAAAGCAAGAAAAGGAAAAAAGAAAAAAAAAACCAUUUUCUUGUUUUUUUUUCUCUCUUCAAAUUUUGUUUGUUUUGUUUUUGUUGUUUCGACUCCACCAGCAAAGAAAGUUUUUUGAAGAGCUGCAACUGAUAUUUCGAAAAUGUGGAGGGAUCCUGGAGCUCCGGCUGAUUCAUUUUAUCAAGUUCGCCCUGAAUGUACAGAUGUUCCCAAGUCCAAGUUUAGAAUCAAGAAUGGAAAAACUCUAAGCGCAAGAAAAUGGCGUGCUGCAUUUUCCCCUGAAGGUUAUCUUGAUAUAGGCAAAACACUUGGUCGAAUUCAUCGUGGGGGAAUUCAUCCAUCAAUUAGAGGUGAAGUUUGGGAAUUCUUACUUGGUUGCUAUGAUCCAAAGAGCACGUAUGCAGAACGAGAGGAUAUACGAAAGCUACGGAGGACACAAUAUGCUGUAUUAAAAGAAGAAUGCCGCACAAUGUUUCCGACGAUUGGAAGUGGUAGAUUUAUUACUGCACCUGUAAUAACAGAAGAUGGUGAUCCCAUUUUAGAUCCUUUAGUACUUCAAGAGGCAAGUGCAGCGAAAGAAGCGUCUUCAGCUAGUCAAGCAAAUGGUGAUUCCAGUGGUUUUGAUAUGGUAAAGGAGCAUGACAAAAGAGUAAUAGAGUGGAAACUCUCAUUACACCAAAUAGGACUCGAUGUAGCUCGCACGGACAGGUCACUCGUCUUUUAUGAGAAACAAGAGAAUCUAUCAAAGCUUUGGGAUAUCCUUUCUGUUUAUGCUUGGUUUGACAAAGAUGUUAACUAUUGUCAAGGUAUGAGUGAUCUUUGCUCGCCCAUGAUUAUUCUUCUUGACGAUGAAGCAGAUGCGUUCUGGUGCUUCGAACGUUUAAUGAGAAGACUGAGAGGAAAUUUCAGAUACACCGAGAGUUCUGUUGGCGUAGAAUCGCAGCUAAAUAAUUUAGCUUCAGUAACUCAAGUUAUUGAUCCAAAACUUCACCAACACUUAGAUAAAUUAGGUGGAGGUGAUUAUCUGUUUGCUGUCCGGAUGCUCAUGGUUUUGUUCCGCCGAGAAUUUUCCUUUUGUGAUUCAUUAUAUCUUUGGGAGAUGAUGUGGGCACUGGAAUAUGAUCCAGACUUGUUUCUUUUGUAUGAAGAUCCUGAAUUAGCUGCUGAUCAAAAAUCUGAAGAAUCUAAAUCAAAAUCAAAAUCGCGCCAUAUUGGGAAAUACGAGCGAGAAAACAUGAAAAAUGGUGGCAAAGCAUCAGAAGCUCCCCUACCGAUAUCUGUUUUUCUAGUAGCCAGCGUCCUGAAAGACAAGAGCGAUAAGUUGCUGACAGAAGCAAGAGGACUAGACGACGUUGUUAAGAUACUGAAUGAUGUUAAUGGAAACCUGGAUGCUAAAAAGGCUUGCACUGGUGCAAUGAAACUUCACAAGAAGUAUCUUAAAAAGGCGGCCACCAACAGGUAGCUAAGCUGAAAAGACUGCUAGAUGAUUCAUAAAUCAUGAAGCUCAUGUCAAGAAGACUUACAAGUUUGCCAAAGGGACAGUGGCUGCUUUUGUAUACUGUGCUUGAUUUAGCAAGAGAAAUGUAAAUUGCCAUUCUUUCUGGUUCCAUAUUGGGACUACCAUCAUGUAAAUGUAUUGUUUUUUCCCAAGUAGCAAAUGUGCCCUCAGCGGUUAAUGUAUACAGAGACACUCUUCCAAAGCUUGUAUAAUAUGAAUUUACUGAGUAGAGAACCAUAUUUAUCUUGGUUGUGA